GAUAAGGCAAACCGGAUAAUUUUUUAUCCGUCGUUUACUUAGAAGUUUACAAUCUCCAAAAUGUCAGCCUUCUAUACAAUUGAAGAAUCAACAAUGUUUUGAAAGAGAUAAUGUAAACAGAUAACAGAUGUCCAGGAGAAAUCAAGGAAGUAAAUUAGAUGUAAUGGCAUAUAUCAUUUGCCAAAUACCUGGUAUCAUCUUCUUCUACUUCAGAACAAACAAACUAGUACGCUUCAUCAUUUUAGUCUUCCUUCUCGUGUUUUAUUGUGAAUUUCUACAUUAUUAUUUUGUGUUACUGAUGUGUAAAUGGCCGACUUUACCUCAUCAACAAGCGGAAGGAACUAUAGGUGGAAUGAAAUCCCCUCCACUGAAAGCUAUGAUAAUUGCCGAUACACAUAUUUUAGGAUGGAGAGAAGGUCAUUGGCUGGAUAGAAUAAGAAGAGAAUGGAUGAUGGAGAGAUCCUUUCAGGCCUCUAUGACAAUACAUAAUCCACAGGUUGUUUUUAUGCUAGGUGAUUUGUUAGAUGAAGGCAAAUGGUGCUCUAGUAAAGAAUUCAACUUUCAUGUAAAAAGAUUUAAAAAGAUGUUUAAAGUCCCAUCAGGGACUGAUGUAUAUACAGUGGCAGGGAACCAUGAUAUAGGAUUUCAUUAUAUGAUCUCUGAUUAUAACAGAAGAAGAUUUGAUAAAGCCUUUUCUACAUCUCCAGUAAAGAUGGUUCAUAAAGAUGGUGUCACGUUUGUAUUACUGAACAGUAUGGCUAUGGAAGGGGAUGGCUGUAAUCUUUGUAGUCAAGCUAUCAAUGAUUUAGAAGAUAUAUCAUGGGAAUUAAAAUGUGCAAAGGGUAUAUCAGAAGGUAAAGAAAUGCCAGCUGUCUGUAAUGGUUUUAAAAAAUUUAAAUAUUCACAGCCAAUAUUAUUACAGCAUUUUCCCAUGUACCGGGCAUCGGAUGCUAAUUGUACAUUACCUGAUGCAGCUCCACUCGAUGAAAAAUAUAUUCCAUUUAGAGAGAAGUGGGACUGUUUAUCUCAGGAAGCUUCAAAACAGUUAUUUGAUUGGAUAAAUCCACGUCUGAUUAUAAGUGGACACACCCAUCAUGGUUGUUAUGUUCUACACAACGAAGUCACUCCUGAGUGGACUGUUUCAUCAUUCAGUUGGAGAAAUAAGAAAAUUCCAUCAUUUUUAUUGGCUGUGAUUACAGAGACGAACUUUGAAGUUAGUCAGUGCUAUUUACCAAAUGAAUACACAAUAUUUUCUUUAUACAUCACUGGUAUUCUUAUAAUUUUGAUCUCACUCCUGUUUCCACGACGACAACCAACUGUGAUAUAUGAUGAGGAUACUAAGCUUCAUUGAUACAAUGACCAUUCAAGGGCCAGUCAAGGUCCUUGUGAAUUUCCAUCAUCAUCAUUGAUACCAUUAAAGACACAAGAAUAAUUUAUGAGGUUACCAUACAUUCCAUUCAUAAAAAUAUACUAAUGUCAAAAACAUCUACGUAAAGAAUCAUUUUGUCAUUUACAUACAUUUGAUUAAACUACAUCAAAAGUAAACAGAAUAAUAUGUGUAUUUUAUGAUCAUUAUUAUCAUGUUAAUCAUACAUAUGUGUCAUUUUAUGAUCAUUUGUCUUUAUAUUAUAUCAUUUUUCCAUCUUGAGGAAGGUAUUAAGGUGGUACCCAACACUUUAACUAAAAUUAAUUUGGAUCGUUUAAUUUUCUUUAUAAAAAUAUUGCAUUCAUUUAAAAGAAUAAUCUUUUAUCUAUCUAUAUAUAUCUCUUUUAUUAUUUUCUAUGCAUUCAUAAGAAAGUUACAGCAUUUCAAAGGUUGGUGAUUGGAAAUAAAAAAAUCUUUGUAUUGUGCUACCUUAACAAACACUUAUUUUAAUCAUUGAGAAGCUUAAUAUUCCCUUAACAACACAACGUAAUAAAAAUGUUUAGCUGAUUUUACAGAGUUAUCUCCCUGUAGUGUUAGGUACCACCUUAAGUUAAGAUAGCAUUGCCAAUUUUAUACAGCCAAAAUUUUGUUGAUCAUUAUUUGCUCAAAUCAUUUGAUUAUCUAGAUGUAGAUUAUAAUACCAUCUUAUAGCUAUAAUGUGUCACAUGGCAUUUUUUAUGUGUUUACUUUUAUGUAAAGAAUCUUGAGGAUACAAUUUACAAAUCUAUAAUCUAAACUUAGUGUAGUUACUAUGUUACCACCAGUUGACAUUGUAGUUUGUUAAUGACAUUGUAUUUUGUUAAUUUCAAUGUAUUUUGUUAAUUUCAAUGUAUUUUGUUAAUUUCAAUGUAUUUUGUUAAUUUCAAAGUAUUUUGUUAAUUUCAAUGUAUUUUGUUAAUUUCAAAGUAUUUCUAAUCAUUAAAUUCAAAGUUUUUUUUAAAUUUUGAGUGAAUAAUUAUUUAAGUAUGUGUAUAUUUGUCAUGAAUUAAGCAAACACACAUCUUUUGCAUGUUCAGAUGAUAAAUUCUUGGCAAUUUAUUUUAUAAAUUGAUUUUUUUAUGUCAACAUUUAUAAAUACCAAUAAAAGUUUGUAUUUCAUCAUACUAUGGUUCAAUUCAUUCUCCACAGAAGUUUAUAUGUAUUUUUUUGUUCAGUAAACUAAAUAGUGAUUUACUGAUUAUGAUUAUAUUAAGGUGGUACCCAACACUUUAUUAUAAUUAAUUUGACUAGAUAAAUUCUCAUAAAAUUUGGACAAAAUAUUAAUUUUGACCCUUUGAAAAAAAUAUAAAAAUUUAAAAAAACUUGAACCAAUCACUUUCAUGGAAGAAUUUCAUUGGAUAUGUAUCAGUUUGACAAACACUAAUUUUGAUCAUUGAGAAACUUAAUAUUUCCUUAACAGUAGAAUGUGAUUAAAACGUUCAGCUGAUUUUACAGAGUUGUCUCCCUGUAGUGUUAGGUACCACCUUAAACUUAUAUGAUGAAAAUAGAAAUGUAUAAUGUGGUGCUUCCAUAACACUUUUCUGUAUUUACUUUGAACAAGAACUUGCAAACUGUCAGUAUUUGUAUAACUUGCUCAUUAGAUUAUAUGAUUGAUUACUUUUUAAGUUUUUAACACAUGUGUAAAGAUAUUACCAAAAAUAAUGGAAUAUUGAAUUCAAGGUAUUUCAUUAUGAACUUGGUUGUAUUUAUGAAAAACAAGAUUCUCAGAUGCACUCUGAAUUAAAUAUAGAUUUUGUAUCCAUUACUUGUGUCAAGUUAUAUUUUAGAGCUGCUAAAUAAUCUUUAGAAGAUUCUAAAUAUUUCCCAAUUGUGAUUAUCAAAUGAAACAAAUGGAUAAAAAAAUAAUCAUAUUCAUAUAAAGGGUGAUUUUAUUAUCUGAUUAUUUCAUAAAACAAAUUACUCUUGAUGACUAAAACUAACCAAUUUAGUAUCUUUUGAAAGUUUUUUAAUUGCAAAAUGAUUAAUUAACCCAUUUCUUCAAUUUAUCUGAACAUUUGUGAAAUUUUUCUAAAGAUUGAUAGACACUAUUAUACUUUAAAAACAAGGUGCAUUAUCUCCCUUGAUUUUGCAAUGCAUUUCAAAUACAUAACAGGUUACAAAAAAUACAUGUUUGAUAAAAUAACACAAACAAUGCUGUAGCUGUUAUAUAGCACAUGCAUAUAUAUUUAUUUAUUUACAUCAUAGUUAUUUUUUCUGAAAAAUGAGGUGAAGUUUGUAAUUUUUGCUUAUUAUUUGAAUAUGAAUAUGAAUAUAUUGUAAUAUUCACUCUGUAGGGAAGUGGCAAUAUUCUAAAAUGAAUUGUUGUUUAUAAUUUUAUAUUGAAUGUUAUAUUUUAGAUCAAUAAAACAUGAGACUAUUUG